UGGUCGGGCCAAGCGACUGGAACCGGGCCUCCUCGGCGAGAGGCCAGCGAAGGCUGCCUUCCUGCGCCAGAGGCCGGGUGAGGGGCGGCAAGGGGAAAUCGGUGCCGAACUGUUGCCAUGUGUGUGUCCGCAAGGGGACGUGGCCCCGCGAAACUGCGCCCCCGGGCCUGGCCCGGCCGGACACCUACACCCCUCCGGGGGUCCGGCAGAGGGCAGUGACUGGCACCCUCUGUGCGUCCUGGUUCCCCCCCCCCCCCAAACAGAAAGCCCAAAGGAUGGCUGCUGAUAUGCAGAGGAAGAAAAGUAGUGAAUGCCCUGAUGGCACAUUGGCUCCUUCUGAUGGACAGAGUGUGGAGAGAGCAGAGAGUCCCACACCAGGACUGGCCCAGGGAAUGGAACCAGGUGCCGGGCAGGAGGGUGCCAUGUUUGUCCAUGCCCGUUCCUAUGAGGACCUGACUGAAUCAGAGGAUGGGGAAGCUUCUGGGGACAGUCCUAAGGAGGGUGCUGGGGGUCCUCCAUCACUGCCUACAGAUAUGCGCCAGAUCAGCCAGGACUUUAGUGAGCUAAGCACCCAGCUGACAGGUGUGGCUCGAGACCUACAAGAGGAGAUGCUGCCAGGAAGCUCUGAGGACUGGCUGGAACCCCCAGGGGCAACUGGGAGACCAGACACGGAGCCCUCAAGGGAGGGCACAACAGAGGGGGAUGAAGAAGAUGCUACGGAGGCAUGGCGCCUGCACCAGAAGCAUGUCUUUGUCCUGAGUGAGGCAGGGAAACCCGUGUACUCUCGCUAUGGCUCUGAGGAGGCGCUUUCCAGCACAAUGGGUGUCAUGGUGGCACUAGUAUCCUUUCUGGAGGCAGACAAGAAUGCCAUCCGCUCCAUCCACGCAGAUGGCUACAAGGUGGUAUUUGUGCGCCGGAGCCCACUGGUGCUGGUGGCAGUGGCACGAACGCGGCAGUCGGCACAGGAGCUGGCACAAGAGUUGCUCUACAUCUAUUACCAAAUUCUGAGCCUUCUUACUGGGGCACAGUUGAGCCACAUCUUCCAGCAGAAGCAGAACUACGACCUGCGGCGCCUGCUUUCAGGCUCCGAGCGCAUCACCGACAAUCUGCUACAGCUAAUGGCUAGAGACCCCAGCUUCCUAAUGGGGGCGGCGCGGUGCCUGCCCCUGGCCGCCACCGUUCGAGAUGCGGUGAGUGCCAGCCUGCAACAGGCACGUGCUCGCAGCCUUGUCUUCUCCAUCCUAGUGGCCCGCAACCAGCUGGUGGCGCUCGUGCGCCGCAAGGACCAAUUCCUGCACCCCAUCGACCUGCACCUGCUCUUCAAUCUCAUAAGUUCCUCCUCGUCCUUCCGUGAGGGUGAGGCCUGGACGCCGGUAUGCCUGCCCAAAUUCAAUGCAGCUGGCUUCUUCCACGCACACAUCUCUUACCUAGAGCCUGACACCGACCUCUGCCUGCUACUUGUCUCCACCGACCGCGAGGACUUUUUUGCUGUCUCUGACUGCCGCCGCCGCUUCCAGGAGCGCCUUCGCAAACGCGGAGCUCACCUCGCGCUGCGGGAGGCACUGCGCACACCCUACUACAGCGUUGCCCAAGUGGGCAUCCCUGAUUUGCGUCACUUCCUCUAUAAAUCAAAGAGCUCAGGACUCUUCACCAGUCCUGAGAUUGAGGCCCCAUACACCAGUGAAGAGGAACAGGAGCGGUUGCUGGGCCUCUACCAGUACCUGCACAGUCGUGCCCACAAUGCCUCCCGCCCACUCAAGACCAUCUACUACACAGGCCCCAACGAGAACCUCCUAGCCUGGGUGACAGGCGCCUUUGAGCUCUACAUGUGCUACAGCCCUCUGGGGACUAAGGCAUCAGCUGUCAAUGCCAUCCAUAAGUUGAUGCGCUGGAUCCGUAAAGAGGAAGACCGCCUCUUCAUCCUCACACCCCUCACCUACUGAUGGGAAUGUGUGCAGACUCAGCCCUUCCAUUCCCACUGGGUGUGGAAAGCCAUGGGAGCCUCCAGGUGGGGGUGGCUUUUGCCUAGCCAGCAGGCAGGGACUAUGGGUUGGUGUGUGCAUUAAAGUACUUUGGGGAAGACA